CUUCUUUCUUUACCUCAUCCACUUUCGCAUGUUCUUUCGACUCGACACUACACUGCUUCGGGCCCCGUGAUAAUGACAGACGUGUGCAUCGUCUGCUUGGGCGACUUUCGCCUUCGCCCUCAGGAUGCCGAGACCGAUCUCAACCCUGUCGAUAGCCAUCCUAGCGCGCCGCUUCCCGUGCUUUCUUCUGAACAAAGUAAGAACACCAUAGACGACGAAAUUGUCGCUCACCUCCUUCCAUGCGGCCACAACCUCCACGACUCUUGCUUGCGACCAUGGGUAGAACGAGCCAACAGUUGCCCUAUUUGUCGUGCAAGCUUCAAUCUUGUCGAACUUCGCGACUACCUCGAUGGUCCCGCCCACUCUUCUUACAUCGUUGAGGAGAAACAACAACAGGCCGAUGUGGACCCCACCUUGAUCAUCGACGAUUUCCUUUACGAGGAAGAAGCCCCAUGCCUCGUCUGCCGUCACAUCGACAGCGCACAUGCAACCAUGUAUUGCGAUGGCUGCGAUGGCACCGUCCAUAUCUUCUGCGCUGGCUUUAGCGACGCUACCGCGCCGGACGUCUGGUACUGUGAAUCCUGUCAUCGGGAACUAGGCAGUGACUCUGCUGGAAGAAGAGCUCCAAGGACAAGAACUACAAGAAAUAGACGAGCAGCAGCCAGAAGACCUGGCACAGAGGCAUGGGACAGGGUCUGGGCAAGUGUUUGGCGUCGUCUAAAUCUGGACCUCGACUUCCCUCACGAUGAUGAGGAUCUUACCACCAUCCAUCGUACACCAGCUCAACGACGGGAGCUCGCAGCAUGGACUCGGAGACUCCAAGUUGCAAGUCGCCAAGGUGGCGCAAACCGCUUCAGAGAUACUGCUCCGACCUUGCUGGACAGAAGGAACCUCGCAGCCGCCCAUUCACCCGAGUCGCAAGAAGAGUUGCGCGCCUGGAAUGCUCUCGACAAGGCCCGGGCACUCGAUCCCGAAGCACAAAGGCCACCCAGCAGGAAACGUAAAUCAGCUACAGCAUCUCCCGCUUCGCCUCGAGACAAUACAGCUGAGCGAGAGCAAGUGGAACCACCACGCAAGCUCAAACGACCGAGGACCAAGAGAAAUAUGACACUUGUAGCAGCUACAGAACCAGGCCCAUCAACCAUCGAGGUCCCAGUACGCCCUGUACAGAAGCCCGUCGAAGGACCUAGCUUUCUCAAAUCGCUCCUUCAAGAGGUCGAGAAACAACCCGCGCCAGAAGAAGCAGGCUCUCCGGAUGUCGAAGCCACCUCCGGCGAUGAGCAACCAGGACCGCUCAACUUGGCGUCUCCCGCAGCAUCUCCCAUCCACUCAGGACAGGUGUCUCCCCGUGCGUUGUCAGUAACUCCUCCCCCUCAAAUACGUCCCAGGCCGACCUCACCCAUGCCUCUGACGUCUAUCGUCCGACCUCUCGCUUCGCCCACCUUCUCUCCUGCGAUGAACGGUAGGGACGAGCGAGGUCGCUCACAUCGACGACCUCAACACCAAGUCAGCAGUCCACCGAGAGACAUUUCACCUGGUUCUCCAUCUCGUAACAUGUCGUACUCGACCAAAACCGAAAUUCAAAGAAUGGUCAAAGCCGUGCUUGGCCCUAGAUAUCGCGGAGGCGAGAUCAACAAGGAUCAAUACACCGACAUCAACAGAGAUGUCUCUCGCAUGCUGUAUGAGAAGGUCGGCGAUGCUGAGGGUCUGGCCGAUCAGAAUGGACGUGAGAAGUGGCAGGAAGUGGCUUCUGCUGAAGUCGAAAGGGCUGUUCAAACAAUACGCACACAGGAGCAAAGCUUAGAGACAUUUUCACAGGAUGUCUAGCUUGGAUACAUGGCAUUAACGAUGGGCACGGCGCAUUUCGAGUAGUACUUAGCUUCGGCGCAGCGGACUUUUCUUAUGUCUUUUUUGGAAUUGGGCAUAUUUUGCUCUAACAGAGCUUCAAUGGCGUCAGGGCGAAAACUGGGAGGACGUGUAGAUACCCCGAC